UUCAUGGCCCAAAAUAGGGGGCAGUGAGUGUUACGCAUAGGGAUGUCCCGAUUUGUGAAAGGAACGCGGUAAUUCCUCUUUUGUUCGCAAACAUAUUUACACACGCUUAGUUUUGAGUAUGUGUAGAGGUUACCUGCAGCAUGUUUCAUCGCGUCAUGAAAUCGUGAAUCGUAUGAAUUCCUUUGCGUUCUGUGAAUCCCGUUAUUUAUUUAUUUCGAGAUUUUGUCGAAAGGUUAUAUAUAAAUGGAGUCGAUGUCUCCGCCUCCAGCCAAGAAAAUUCGUAGUAUAAACGACAUAAAAAUCAUCGAGUGCAGGCGGGAAUUUGAUUUGCCAGUACAAUUCCCGAGUCGAGUGCGUAUAGCGAAGAGCAGCGAUGCAGUCAAAAUAAAGAAUGGAGCAACUCCUCAUGUUUUAAAUUUUGGAGCGGUUAAGAAUUUGAAGGAUUCGACGAAUACCGAGACAUCUGUAUCAGAGAAUGUUAAGAAACUGAGAAUAAAGUCGCAGGAUGGCAAAGAUCUUGGGGAGAUUCAGGUGAAGUUUUUAUCCCAUGAUUUGAGCACUUCACUUAACUCCAAGAUCAUUACUUUAACUAAAUCGAAACAGGCUCCAAAGCUAAAUACGACAAACCAGCCUGUAAACUUUUUGGCCAUACCUAUAAAAAAGACAGGUACACUACCAAUGGAAACUCAGAAACCGAUUGCACCUAAUAAAAUAUUUCUUACUUUCAACCAGAAGUCUAAUGUGGAAGGUAUCAAUCAGAAAUUGAUCCACAAGCCAUUGAUUGUGACUAAAUCUUUGAAUAACAUUAAACAAAACGACUGUGUACACAAUAAAAAGCAGUUGCUAAUAAGCACGAAUAGUCAUAACAUUGUGCAUAAUAUCCAAUCAACAAACAGUGUGAUUCCAAAAUUUGUAAAAAUACAAACAUAUAAAACCUUGACACCGGUAAAUACACAAACGAAUGAGACUAUAUUAAUAAAACAAAGUAAUCUAAACGGUACAGAAAAGCCUGUAUCAAAAGGAAAUGCUCCAGAAAUUAGUACCGGAACAAAUACAUCAAAUGUUAAUAAAUCUUCAGAAUCUAUGCAACAUUGGCAGUUAGCAAAAUCGAAGUUUCCAUUGGUGCAAUGUGAGAAGCUACCGAUAUCGAAGAAUAAAAUAAACAUUAACGAACUUAGUAAUUUUUUUUCAAAAAUAGAUGAUAGUAAACUAAAUUCCUUUUGUACAGAUAAGAAGGUGGGAGAAGAAAAAAGUAGAAAUAAUAAAAAUGCGUAUAAUAUAAAAAGUUCCAACAAUGCGGUUCGUAAUGUAAGUACUCAGGAAAAUCCAAUAAAUUCUGAAACACAGAAAAAAUGCAAUGGAAUUGUACAAAAUAUUCAUCAAAAUAAAAUAAUUCUAAAACACGACAGUGUCAUUACACCUGAUGAUCAAAAUUCAAUUAUUAAAAAAGAUUCUAAUAAUGCUAAAGAAAAAGAUCAUACAUUGUCACCUCUCAUUAGCAAAAACGUACACGAUACUCAAAACGUAGUUCACAAUGUAAAUAAUAGUCCAACUUCUUGCUUAAUUGGAGAAGUAUGUAAUGACAAUAAUGUACAGAGUACAGAUUCAAAUUCUGAAAACAUUAGCAUCACAUGUAAUACUAAAGAUGCAGAGAAUAAUGUAUCCAAAGAAGAAAAAUAUAAUAUAAUUAAGGAAGCAUUGACUAGCGUGAAGGACAAAAAACUUCGGUCUAAAGCUUUACAAGCGCUUGCGGACUGUGGAAUAGGUAUAGCGAAACAUGUGCCGAUUACUCCACCUGAAAAUUUAAAAACAGUUCACGAUUCUUUGACUCAAACCGACGUAUUUGGACUCUUCGAUAUAGACAGUUUCGUAUUAGUGAAAAAAGAAACGCCUACUUUGGAAAGAAUAAAACAAAUUGAGCACUCGACUAUCAAUACUGCAAAUAAAUUGAAUGUACAGGUAGAGCCAAACACUAGAUACACUAAUUAUAUCGACACCGAUUAUUUCCUCCCAAGUCUGAGUACAGUACCUUCUUUGGAAGAUUUUAACGAUAUAGACAACUUCAUAGAUCAGUAUUCAAAUGAAAAUGCAAAUACCAAGAAGGUGAAACAAAUAUUGUCGACACCUCAUUCAUUGUACAAAAAAGUUGAGAGUCAAUUACGAAGAGACUUUGAAGCCAUGCUACAAUGGGAUGAUAAUGGUAUGCUGAAUAUACAUAGGGCAGUUAUUGAUAACAAUGUACGCGAAGUACAAAGACUAUUGCUAGUAUUAAAGGCAUCUAAAAUAACUGUCGACGCGUUAACGGCUGAUCGUAUGUCAUCUUUGGAGUUAGCAAUCAAAUCGAAUGCGUCUAGAGACAUAGUGCAACUGUUAUUAGAAGCUGGAGCACAACCAGUGUCAUCGGAACUUAUACAUGAUUCUGCAGUAAUUUUAGCUAGUAAAUUGUCCUCUCCGUUAUUGCAAGAUCUUCUGAAAUAUGUUACAGACUGUAGUCUACUUAAUCGAGUGGAUUCUGCAGGAUUUGCUCCGCUACACUACUGUGCAUUAUAUGGCAACUUGAAAGGAGUUAACGCUUUGGUAGAAGCUGGAGCUGAUGUAAAUUUGAAGGAUAAUCGUUCAGGAAGAACUCCAUUUUUCCAUGCUUUUGAACAUAAUAGCAUAUCAAUUGCGAAGAAACUGUUGGAAUAUGGCGCCAUUGCAAACAUACAGAACUAUGCAGGACAAUCUGUUUUAAAUUUUGCGGAUGAAGCCAAGUGUCUUUCUUUGAAAGCUGCAUUGAAAAAAGUGAUAAUUUAAGUUCGUUUGUAAGGUAAUAGUUACAUUAAUGUUAUUACUGUAGGUAAGAACAGAUUAUUUACACUAAAAAACAUCACAACAACUAGUCUCGUAUACUAAAUCCGUAGCAUCAAGAAAUCGCCUCUUUCUAUAUAUCUAAGAAAAAUCGAGGAUUGAAAAUUAGGAAAACAUUUGUUAUGAUUGGCAUUUGAAAUACGUAAGAAUUAAUGCCAAUUACCAUAACAAAUUUUUUUUGUACAUACUAACCAAUAAUGAUACUGUACAUAUAAUCAAAUAGAAAUAUUUUUACUUAGAUAAAAGAAAUUUAUCGCUUCGUAACGAAGACGAUUCAUUCCCGUUGUCUUUGGAGUACUCUACAUAUAAUUUAUUGUCAACAUAAAUGACUGGAGUGAAUCAUUUUUUUUAUAAUAUUUUGUUUGACUUUACGAUUACGUUUUGACGUUUUUACUCAGGAUCGUGACAAAACAAAAGAGGCAAACACGUGUACUUGAAAGCCAAUUUACGAUUUAAAGUAAAAAAAAUGUAUACGAACUACUUAAACAUAUUACGAUUAGAAUGGUCACAAUGAAACUAUUUAUAGCUACAUUUUUAUCUCAAUAAUUGAUAUUGAAAAAUUAGUUAGUUUCUCGUAACUUAAAACUUGAAUUUUAAUAAACAAGUAAAGUAGAUCUUACACUAAAUUUGUUUAUUGAAACAGGCUACAUGAAUAAUUUAUUUGUUUUUAACAAGGACGAUGGCCUGUUUAUGAAAUAUCUAUUUAUAUCGUUGUUAAAAAAUGUCAUUAAUCAAAUUACUACUAAUUCAAACUUUGAGUUUCACAAAUUUCCGUCCUUCUAUUUUUGUUUUAUUAUGUUUACACAUGCAGAUAUCGCGAAAAUGGCUUCAUCUGCUUCAUUUUUUAAAAAAUUCAAAAACAAAAACUUUCAUUUUAUAAUAAUACGAAACAUUCGUAUUUAUGUAUUCUAUUACAUAUUAGAAUGUCAUAUUCCACUAUUACUCCAAAGUACUUAAUCACGGUCCUAUUUUGGAGAUAUUAUUUACGAUUGCGAAAGUUUCAUUGACAUUUAGUUUGUAUUAUUGUAACCCUAAUUUUGUAACAAUUCAAUUUAAUGAAAUUGACCUCACUUUACGAGGAGUGUGAUAAUUGUAACAUAAAGUGGAAUUGUAAAAUUACCGAGAAAAUUGUGGCGACUUUUUCAAUUUUUCGUUACAUACUCGAAAUUUAAUCAAGUGAAUAGAAUAACUCGACACUUGUAAAAAUUGUACGCAAUUGAAAAUUUAUUAUUGUCUACGUUGUAUUAAGAAAUACGGUCCACCAAUGUUGGUCUCGAAUUGUGAAAUCCAAUAAAAAUUGUAAAUUGCAUACGUAAUCCACGUGCACGAUUAAGUGACAACUAUUUAAUAUGUUAACUUUAUUGUAUUGUUAAUUUCGCUCUUGUUAUAUAUAGCAAUACAUACAUUUAAAUAAAUAUAUUGCAUAAUAA